GCCGGUGGGGCCUGGAGGCUCCCGUGGUUUUUUGGUGGCUUUGGGGGCUUUGGGCGGUUGGGGCGAUUUAGGGCUUUGGGGCUGCCGAACAGCUUUGAGGGCGUUUGUUGGGUUGUGUUGAAUUUGGUGGACUUUUGGGGAGUUUUGUGGAGUAUUGUGGAAUGGUGUGGGAUAAUAAACACUGCGGAAUAUUAGACACGGUUAUAUUAGGUGGACGCCAGUGCACGGAGCCUUGGUGCCCUGGAUCGCCUGUGCCACGGAAAACGCUUCUUCCGGGCCUUUCGGGCGGUGUGCAAAGCAGUUCCAGUUUCUUCAAAAAAAUUUUAGUCUGUGGGUGUCAUGGGUGGUAUGGUAUUCUUGGACGUUAAUAACUGGGUGCUCGCGGCACGAAGCCCGCGUCGGGUUGACCAGACACGGCGUGGACGACAUUGGCGCAAGAAUAUAAAAAAGGCUGGGUUGGCAGAUCGGGGCAUUUCUGCUGUAGGAGGCUUGUCGGUGGCGCUGGUUCCCGUGUGCACGAGCCAUGGCGGAAAUCUCUUUGGCUGCAAAAUAUGGGGAACACCUGAUACCUGGAACCCAGUUGUUCUAGUCCUCUGACUAACGGUCCCUUAGCUACGGCUUGGGCAGCCCUGCUUUGCGGCGUGCCUGUAGAGUUCCGACAAACCAAAAGGCAGAUUCUUCACUUUUCACCAGGGCACCUACUUGCUCUCAGCAUAAGCUCGAGCCUGCUCCCCCAAGAAGCUAGUGGGUACAUUGUUGCCCAUCUUCAGGCAAAGAAACCUCCACAGCCGAGCCCCCACCAGCCAUGAAGAGAAAUUUGUUUGAAGUGGAAGCCGCAAAUCAAAUUCGCCAACGGAAUUGAUCUCAACCCCUUUAUGAGAAAGGAAAACAUGCGGAAUGGCGGAGGUGGUGACGAUUUCCCACAAGCAGAAUGUCUGCCGUGUCUUGGCCAUUUGCUGGGUGAAAAUAU